UGCCAUUGUGAAGGCGAAUGUACAUGCUUUUGCGUGCGGUAUACGUACCGCCAAAUAGACUACAUGUAGCAGUUUGAUUGAAAUUUGGUUCACUGGCUAUCACGGAAAAUUCUUCAGAAACAUGGAUAAAGUCACUAACGUGAAAAAGGCGUCCGCGCCUUCUGUGUCACAAAUCAACGCGGAAUAUGUUACGCAGCUAGCAAAUAAAUAUUGGGCCCCGCAUGUCAAGAAUAAACUAUCCUUUGAUCCAAAGGUGAUGGAAGAUAUUUAUCAGAAGGAAAUUCUUCAGUCCAAAUUUGCAAUAAGAAAAAUAAUGCUUCUUGAAUUCAGUCAAUGCCUGGAGAAUUACCUGUGGGUGAACUACACUCCUGAAGUGUCCAGCUAUGCCUAUCUCAUGUCCAUUUGCUGUAUUAUCAAUGAGAAGUUCAGAGAGAAUGUCCCUGCUUGGGAGGUUUUUAAGAAGAAACCAGAGCACUUUCCAUUCUUCUUCAAAUGUGUAAUGGAUGCGUCAUUGACUGAAGAAGAGGCUGGCCUCUCUCUGCGGGAACAGACAGUUUUGCUCCUCUUCCUUGAUCACUGCUUCAACAGCCUGGAAGUGGACUUGAUCAGAGAUCAGGUGCUGCAGCUGUUCUCCCCACACAUGUGGAUCUGCCUGCUACCAUCGAGACUCCAGCAGGAGCUGAAGAAAGUGCCAAAGCUGCAGAAAGUCUGGAAAUCCAUCAAGAAGAAUUUUGACAAGCUGGAUGAGAAGGCAGCAGCGCAGGCUGAUAAAGAGAGACGGUUCCUCUCGUUACUCAUUAAGAAAUUCCUCGGAGUCCUGAUGUCCAUCUCACCAUCAGGCCCGAUCUCCAUGGAGAAAGUGCAUUACUGUGAGAGAUUCGUCGAGCUAAUGAUUGACCUGGAGGCUCUGCUUCCAACACGCCGCUGGUUCAACACUGUGUUGGACGACUCCCACCUGGUGGUCAGCUGUCACCUCUCCAGCCUCACCAAGAGGGAGAAGGAAGGGCAUCUCUUCUGCCAGCUGCUGGACAUGCUGAAGUUCUACACUGGCUUUGAGAUCAACGACCAGACCGGGAUCGCCCUCACAGAGAACGAGAUGACCUCGCUGCACUACGAGCAAAUCCUGUCUCUCCAGAGGGCUGCUUUCGCCCACUUCCCCGAGCUGCAGGACUUCGCUCUGUCCAACGUGGCUGCAGUGGACACACGGGAAUCUCUGACCAAACAGUUUUCUCACCUCAGUCCCAACACUCUCCACCAGGUGGCAUCCUACCUCUGUCUCUUGCCAGAACUGCCUGAAGGACAGGACACAACCUAUGAGAAAGAGGUCCUCCUUGAAAUGCUGGUAUCGCGGCACGAGAGGCGAAUCUCCCAGAUCGAGCAACUCAACCAGAUGCCCUUGUAUCCAACUGAGAAGAUUAUCUGGGAUGAGAACAUUGUGCCUACAGAGUAUUACUCGGGCGAAGGCUGUCUCGCACUGCCCAAACUGAACCUGCAGUUCCUCACUCUGCACGACUACCUCUUGAGAAACUUCAACCUGUUCCGCUUGGAGUCCACCUACGAGAUCAGGCAGGACAUCGAGGAUGUGGUGUCCCGUAUGAAGCCAUGGCAGUCUGAAUACGGAGGCGUGGUGUUCGGCGGCUGGGCCCGGAUGGCACAGACCAUCCUGUCCUUCUCCAUUGUGGAAGUAGCCAAGCCCAACAUCGGGGAGAACUGGCCGGCUCGCGUGCGAGCAGACAUCACCAUCAACCUCAACGUGCGAGACGAGAUCAAGAGAGAGUGGGAAGGGCUGCGGAAGCACGACGUUUGCUUUCUGAUCACGGUGCGGCCCACCCUGCCCUACGGCACGCGCUUCGACCGGCGCCAGCCCUUCCUGGGGCAGGCGGGCCUGGUGUACGUGCGGGGCUGCGAGGUGCAGGGCAUGCUGGAUGAGAAGGGCCGCGUCAUCGAGGAAGGUCCUGAUCCGAAACCCAAGCUGAAAGGCGACUCCAGGACCUUCCGAGUGUGGCUGGACCCGAACCAGUACCAGCAGGACAUGACCAACAGCAUCCAGCACGGGGCAGAGGACCCCUACGAAACCUUCAACAUCAUCAUGAGGAGGAAGCCCAAGGAGAACAACUUCAAGGCGGUGCUGGAGACCAUCCGGAACCUGAUGAACACUGAUUGCGUGGUCCCAGAUUGGCUCCAUGACAUCAUCCUGGGUUACGGGAAUCCGGGAAGCGCCCACUACUCCAAGAUGCCCAAUCAGAUCUCCACGCUGGACUUCAACGACACCUUCCUGUCCAUCGACCACCUGAAGGCCUCUUUUCCUGGGUACACAGUGAAGGUCAUGGAAGAGAACCCUGCUCUCCAGGUCCCCCCCUUCAGAAUCAAAUUCCCAGUGAGGACUAUGAAAGGGAAGAAGCGGAAAGCAGACGAGGACGAGAAUGCCCCGGAAGAGGAGGAGGAAGACCACACACUGGUGGUGGAGCCUCACGUUAUUCCCAACAGGGGGCCGUACCCUUACAACCAGCCCAAACGCAAUACAAUCCAGUUCACCCCAACACAAAUUGAAGCUAUACGUGCAGGAAUGCAGCCAGGACUUACAAUGGUUGUUGGGCCUCCAGGUACAGGGAAAACAGAUGUGGCUGUGCAGAUCAUCUCCAAUCUCUAUCACAACUUCCCAGAGCAGAGGACGCUCAUAGUAACACAUUCCAAUCAGGCCCUCAACCAGCUGUUCGAGAAGAUCAUGGCGCUGGACAUCGACGAGCGCCACCUUCUGCGUCUGGGCCACGGCGAGGAGGAGCUGGAGACUGAGAAGGAUUUCAGCAGGUACGGGAGGGUGAAUUAUGUGCUGGCCCGGAGACUGGAGCUGCUUAGAGAGGUGGGCCGCCUGCAGGAGAGCCUCGGCGUGCCAGGGGAUGUGUCCUACACCUGCGAGACCGCCGGACACUUCUAUCUGUACCAGGUGAUGUCCCGCUGGGAGGAGUACAUGAGCAAAGUGAAGCCCAAACCUGGCCGGCAGGUAAAUGUGGAGGACGUGUCUGCGUUCUUCCCCUUCCACAAGUACUUCUCGAACGCGCCCCAGCCCGUCUUCAAGGGCCAGUCCUACGAGGAGGACAUGGACAUCGCAGAGGGCUGCUUCCGCCACAUCAAAAAAAUCUUCACCCAACUUGAGGAGUUCCGUGCCUUUGAACUGCUGCGUAGCGGGCUGGACCGCUCCAAGUACCUGCUGGUGAAAGAAGCCAAGAUCAUCGCCAUGACGUGCACGCACGCCGCCCUCAAACGCCACGACCUCGUGGAGCUGGGGUUCAAGUAUGAUAACAUCCUGAUGGAGGAAGCUGCUCAGAUCCUGGAGAUUGAGACAUUCAUCCCUCUCUUGCUGCAGAACCCAGAGGACGGCUUCAGCCGACUGAAGCGAUGGAUCAUGAUCGGGGACCACCACCAGCUCCCGCCCGUCAUCAAGAACAUGGCCUUCCAGAAGUACUCCAACAUGGAGCAGUCCCUCUUCACCCGUUUCGUGCGCCUGGGCGUCCCCACGGUGGACCUGGACGCUCAGGGCAGAGCCCGGGCCAGUCUGUGUAAUCUGUACAACUGGCGCUACAAGCAGCUGGGGAACCUCCCCCAUGUCCAGCUCCAGCCCGAAUUCCGUGCACCCAACCCGGGCCUCACCUUCGACUUCCAGCUCAUCAACGUGGAGGACUUCAACGGUGUGGGCGAGUCAGAGCCAAACCCCUACUUCUACCAGAACCUGGCGGAGGCGGAGUACGCCGUGGCGCUGUACAUGUACAUGCGCCUGCUGGGAUACCCUGCGGAGAAGAUCAGCAUCCUGACCACCUACAACGGGCAGAAGCACCUCAUCCGAGACGUGGUCAACCAGCGCUGCGCCAGAAACCCCUUCUUCGGCCAGCCCAACAAAGUGACAACAGUUGACAGGUUCCAGGGCCAGCAGAACGACUACAUCAUCCUCUCGCUGGUGCGCACUAAAGCCGUGGGACACCUGAGAGAUGUCCGGCGACUGGUGGUGGCCAUGUCAAGAGCCAGGCUGGGCCUGUACAUCUUCGCCCGUGUGUCGCUCUUCCAGAACUGCUUUGAGCUGACCCCGGCCUUCAACCAGCUGACAGCCAGACCUCUGCAGCUCCACAUACGCCCCCAGGAGUACUACACCCCGGGACAGCUGAGCGAGACUCGCUCCGCCCACCCUGAUCAGGUGAUUCAGAACAUGCCCGAGAUGGCCAACCUGGUGUACAACAUGUACAUGCACAUGAUCCAGAACACCCAGCAGUACAGACAGCAGCAGGCUCUUCUCCCUCCCCCAAGCCAAACAGAGGCUGCAGCCAAGGCGACCGCUGCAGCUGAGAAUGCGCAGACGCAGCUGGAGCAGAUGGAGCAGGAGCCCAGCGCGGAGCAGACACCCCAGGAGGCCUCAGGGGAGCAGGCAGAAGAGCACGGGGAAGAGGAGCACCCGCCGAUGCCCGAGCACCCGGGCAGAGACAGUGACAGCGAGGACAGUGGAGCGGAGGACGGCCCUUAGGCUGUUAAGCCCCGCCCAUUUCCCCCUGACAGAGCAGCCUCGGCCCACCCUAGAACAAGCCGGAAGACUGAUUUUUUUUCAGUUAAAUUUUUUUAUUUCUUUUGGUAGUUGUUGAAAAGAUGUUGGGAAUUUUAAAAUGAAGCCCAGGGUAUGUUCAUUCCUUCAAUGGAAUGCCUUUUCUGUACUUUUUAUAAGUAAAAGGUGAAGAUACUUGCCAAAUAUGCUGU